UGAAACUCCAAUCUCUCUCUCUUUCUCUCUGACUCUUGCCGGAAAGUCGACGGAGAUAAUGGCGGGGAAGCAAACCGGCGGUGAGGGCUUGCCAGCCAACAUAGCUGGAAUGUCGAAGAAUCAACUUUACGAUAUCAUGUCUCAGAUGAAGACACUUAUAGAACAAAAUGAGCAACAAGCGAAAGAGAUCCUUAUUCAAAACCCUCUCUUGACUAAAGCCCUUUUCCAGGCUCAGAUUAUGCUUGGAAUGGUUAGGCCCCCUCAAGUGAUUCCUACCAUUCAGCCACCUGCAUCACAACAAUCUCAGUCUCAGCAAUCAGCACAACCGCCUCCAGUGCCGAACAUCCAGCCGGCAAAAUCAUUGCAAGGUCAACUUGGGUUGCAGGACCAAACUGCUCCAUCUCAGACCCAACCUCCUUUAAGAAAACAGCAUCAAAACCAAGCUGGCACACAAAUCUCAGCUGCUGCCAUACCUGCAGCAAACGUUCAGUCUCAACCCAUGCCACCACAUUCCCUUCAGACGCCCCAGCAGAUGAAGGGACAUCUGAAUCCUCCAAUGUCCCUUCCACAAUCAUCCCAACUGCCUAAUGUACCUUCACUUCCUCUUCAUCCAUCUUCACAGCCCCAACAUCAUCAACAAACACAUAUGCCAAUGGCCUCCGGCCAGUUGCAGCAGUCAUUGCAGACAACUGGAAUUUCUCAUAUGCCUCUGCAGCCACCUAUGCCGCAACAGGCAAGACCCUCUUCUGUACCAACUUUACAUCAUCAGUAUACUCCCCAAAUGGGUCCUAAUGUCGGUUUCCAGCACCCUGGUGCUCCCCAGCAUCAUUCACAACCGAUGUUCCAUUCUGGUAAUAAACCACCACCUGGCCUUGGAUCCUCUUUUCCACAAGGACAGACACCACACUCAAAUCAGUUGCCACCUCAAUCAGUGUAUCAAAAUCAAGCAGGAAGCUUACAUUUAGGAUCUGACUUUGGCAACCAAGUUCGAGGUUCAAUGCAGGCAGAUAGAGGAUCUCCUUGGAUGUCAAGCCAACCAGAUAAUUCAACACUACCCCAGCUUCAAGGACCCUCAUCUUUGGUUCCCAAUCAGAUGGGUCCUGGAAAUCAGGGCCCUCGCUCUGCAUCGUUGACUCCUGAGAUGGAGAAGGCACUACUUCAGCAGGUAAUGAGCCUUACUCCAGAACAGAUUAAUCUCUUGCCUCCAGAGCAAAGGAAUCAAGUACUUCAGCUCCAGCAAAUUCUUCGUCAAUGAGAAGGUUUAAUAACAGCACAGGUUAUGAGCUGCACUUCGGAACAGGUUAAUAACUUACCCUUGAUUCAGCAUUUGCUACGGAGGGUUAUAGGAAUUAAUCUCAUCUUCAGGCUCCUUUGCGAGCUUGGUAAUUUGUUUGAACGCCUAUACAAAGC